AUGUGCUCCCUUACGCGUCUUUCGAAGUCCUAUUUGAGGACAAUUUUUGCUGUUCUUUUGUUAUUUAUUUCAGUGUAUUAUGUUCAAGUUUGUUUUAAGACAACAGCGACACUGUUCAGCUCUACGUCAAGUAUACCCCCAUCAUGGAAACAGUCUAUUGGACUUGUCCGGUCUAAAGAGAUAGUGGUUGCCAGUUUGAAAGACGACGAUACAUCAUGGGUUGCAGAACACCUGUCAGAUUGGAAUGCCAACAUCUAUGUCGUGGAUGAUCCCAGAUCAGAAUUGACCGUCCCGAUGAAUAAAGCCAGGGAAUCGAUGGUGUAUCUGACGAUAUUUCUAACCCGCUACUACCAAGACGCUGUUCCAAUCAUCCAAUCCCUCCGCCUCCCACAUGUAUACAAAGUCGGCUAUGCACCUCUCCGCUGCACGUGGAUCCCCGGUUGCCCGGCGGAACUACACCCUUUAAAUCCCACGGACACGGGCCCGGAAGAUCGUCAACGUUCAGAAGUCGAAUACGCAGCUGCGUUUGAGAAGAUGCUUCCAAACACGCCCGUUCCGCCAGUUGUGGGCGCGCCAUGUUCGUCGCAAUUUGCUGUAACAAGAAAUCAAGUCAUGAAACGGUCGAAGGAGAGCUACGAGUUGAUAAGGCGUUGGGUGAUGGAGACGGAUCUUCCUGACGCGGUUUGUGGGCGCGUUAUGGAGUAUAUGUGGCAUAUCAUCAUGCAAAUGCCACCGGUCUACUGUCCACCAGCAGCGGAAUGCUAUUGUAUGACGUUUGGGCUGUGCAACUUGACAUGCAGCUCUGUUGCCAAGUGCGAGAACAGAUAUAUUCUCCCCACGCAUUCACGCAUCCCUGAGGGCUGGCCGGAAGAAGGCGGAGGGGGAAAUGGCUGGCCCGCUCCUGGCUGGAAUGAGUUGUGAAAUGUGGCUUAUGUUGCCAACUUUUGACGAUUCUCACCAAUUCAACUUGUUUGGCAUUGCGGCCCAUCUAUUCAUGUCCUGGUACCGCCACCAGUAUGAAUAUAAAAGGAAUUAUGCUCGAUGUCGAACUUGCAUAUAGGGCAUUCAGACUGAGAAAGAUCACUCAACGUCCGUAGGGACUGCAAGGCAUCAGUUUUCAUUGAUUUGGGUUAUGUAUUUUCGUUUCUUCCAGCUGCACCACGAACAACUCACUGCUCUGAUCUGCAUUUCAGCUCUGCAAGGACCCCGGCUUUCCCAAAUGCACAAAGGGGCCAUCCAGAAAGGACCUCUCAAUACAGCAAAUAUGCGCAAUGAACCAUAUCAAAAAAAUCCAUUAUCAAUAUAUGAAACCGGCACGCGUACGGGUGCUCAAUUCUUGCCCAUCAAUACCCUCUCAAAUAUGCAUACAUGGUAAUAUGUUCUCCAUCGGCCCGUUAAUUUUCGCGACAUCCUACCGGCUUGAAGGUAUCUACACCUCAUCCUCUCUCACUCCCUCGAAAAGAAAAAAAACGCAGCAUAUAUUUGUACCGCGCCAGGAAACUCUACAACGGCCGCUGUAUCUCUGAUACCAUUCCUGUUGUGCCACAGAUGUACCAAGCAGGAAAUGGAAUUAGCGCGGCGUUGCUGUUUCAGUUGGAUAGACGAGAGGCCCAUGCCUUGAUUGAGACUAGCGGCAAUUGGUUAAUGUUAUGGAUGAAGUGGAUGAUAUUGCUUAGUUGAUAAGAUAAAUUGGGGAAUGUUGGGGGAUUUCACGGCCGGGGGGCAUCCAUGUAUGAAUGGUGAUACCCCUCUAAACAUGCGUCAGAUAUGAGACUUACAAAGAUGAGAAAGAAGAGGCUUCCCUGUGAAUGUGGACGGUUGGGCAGUGAUUAAAAUUCGAGCUUGGAUUUCAGUGGUAUAGACGAAUACAAAUGGGAAAAUGAAGGAU